CCUGCCCCCACGGGGGCCUGUCACGAGGCUCCGGGCGGGGUGAGGCGGCUGGCCCGGCCCGGCCCCUGGCGCAGUGACCGCAGCGGGCGGAGUGCAGGGGCCGGCAGGGCGCUGCCGGGUUUCCUUCGGCUCCCGGGCGGCCGGCGCUCCCGCCUCUUUCAGACCGGAGUCCGGACCCAGACCGUCCCCUUCCCCCACCCAACGCUUGAUGCCCCGAGCAGCUGUGCCGGCAGCGGGGCUUGUGCCUCAAGGCAUAUUAUGGAACUGAUCCCGGCAGGAGGAGGCGGAGGUCCAGGGGAACCAGCACAUGCCGUGGCACUGCUACGGGGUCUGAGUGCGCUGCGCUCUGAGCGGAGCCUGCUUGAUGUGACAGUGGUGGCUGGGGGCUGUGAGUUUGGGGCGCACCGAGCUGUGCUAGCCGCAGCUUCUGGCUACUUCCGUGCCAUGUUCGGUGGGUCACUGCGGGAGUCCCGGGCCGAGCGGGUGCGGCUACAUGGGGUGGACCCUGAGUGCCUGGCGCUGCUGCUUGACUUUGCCUACACUGGUCGGGUGGGGCAGCUGGGCCCCGACAUCGCAGAGCGGCUGCUGCGUGCUGCCGACCUACUGCAGUUCCCAGCUGUGAAGGAAGCAUGCGGCGCUUGGCUGGCCCGGCAGCUGGAGCCGGCCAACGCGCUGGACAUGCAGGACUUCGCAGAGGCCUUUGCUUGCCCAGCCCUUGCAGCUGCUGCACACCGCUUUGUGCUGCGCCAUGUGGGUGAGCUGAGCACGCAGUUGGAGCGGUUGCCACUGGCGCGGCUCAUCUCCUACUUGCGGGACGAUGAGCUGUGUGUGCCCAAGGAGGAGGCUGCCUUCCAGCUGGCACUGCGUUGGGUGCGCGCUGACCUAGCUGCCCGUGCCCCGCUGCUGCCGCAGCUCCUGGCCCACGUGCGCUUGCCCUUUGUGCGCCGUUUCUACCUGCUGGCGCAUGUGGAGGGCGAGCCCCUGGUGGCGCGCUGCCAGCCCUGCCUGCGCCUCCUGCGGGAGGCCCGCGACUUCCAGGCUGCCCGCUAUGACCGGCACGACCAGGGGCCAUGUGCUCGCAUGCGGCCACGACCCUCCACCGGCCUGGCAGAGAUCCUUGUGCUCAUUGGUGGCUGCGACCGUGAUUGUGAUGAGCUGGUUACCGUUGAUUGUUACAACCCACGCACGGGGCACUGGCGCUACCUGGCCGAGUUUCCUGAGCACUUGGGCGGUGGCUACAGCAUAGCGGCGCUGGGCAACGACAUCUACGUGACAGGAGGAUCAGAUGGGUCAAGGCUCUAUGAUUGUGUCUGGAGAUACAAUUCUAGUGUGAAUGAGUGGACAGAAGUGUCUCCAAUGUUGAAAGCAAGAGAAUACCACAGCUCUACAGUCUUGGAUGGACUGUUGUAUAUCAUAGCCUCAGACAGCACAGAACGUUACGACCACUCCAUAGAUGCCUGGGAGGCUUUGCAGCCUAUGUUGUACCCAAUGGACAACUGUUCCACCACAUCUUGUCGUGGCAAACUCUUUGCUAUUGGCUCUUUAGCAGGCAAAGAAUCCAUGGUUAUACAAUGUUAUGACCCUGAAACUGACCUCUGGUCCCUAGUGAACUGUGGACAGCUGCCUCCGUGGUCUUUUGCACCAAAAACUGUGACUCUUAAUGGACUUAUAUACUUCAUAAGAGAUGACUCCGCUGAAGUGGAUGUUUACAAUCCAAUGAAGAAUGAAUGGGACAAAAUCCCUCCUAUGCUCCAGGUUCAUGUUGGAGGGAGCUUGGCUGUGCUUGGUGGGAAGCUCUAUGUCUCUGGUGGCUACGAUAACACAUUUGAACUUUCAGACGUGCUGGAAGCUUAUGAUCCAGAAACUCGAACAUGGAGCAUAGUGGGACGGCUGCCUGAACCCACCUUCUGGCAUGGAAGUGUCAGCAUAUUCCGACAGUUUAUGCCACAAACUACACAAGAAGACGACAGUAUCGCUCUGGAUAAUGCCAUUAACCUAAACAGGCAGCGCCAGAAUCUUCAUAAUCAGAAUCUUAAUGACACUUGUGCUGUUCCCAAGCUACUGGUUAAGCAAGAUACAGGGCUCAUUUUGGUGAAGCUUGCCUAUUACCUUGGACAGAUGCAGUGAAUUGAUGCAAUUUCUUCACUUCUGGCUGUUGAAUACUAUGCCAACAAGCAAUUUGUGUCCCCACAAAAGUUAAACUGAAACCUCAAGUCAGUCUCUCUUCCACUGAGCUUGUGCAAUUAUUGUAAUGGGAGUGGUAAACACAACCAUAUUGUGCUCAACAGGGUGCCAGUUAUUUAAGACAUAUUCAAGUCCAUCUUAAGAUGUGGAGCACUGCUGUCUACAUGUUGUAAUUUAGUAUAACAAUUUGCAUAGUAGAAUGGUCAAGUAUUUAUGCUGAACUAUUAAAGUAUAUUUAUGUAGAACAUUCUCCUCCUGUAGUGCUCUCUGCUGGACCUAUGUCAUCUUGAAGUUCCAAAACCAGCUGAAUAACUUUAGGUUUGUAUUUAUAACUUUUUUGUAGACUUUCAUUGUGUCUAAACCUUUAAAUACUGUUUAAAUACCAUCCUUUGAAGCAAAGGCAUUUUACAUUUUGACAGAUUUUGGAAUUUUAUUCUCAUAUUUCUGUUUUUAAAAACUUACUUGAAAUGA